GCGUAGGGCACAGCGGCGCCAGCAUGAGCCUGCUUCGCAGGAGGUGCAGGAUGCGUUAAGGGGAGGGUCCCCUUGUCGUCGGCCAAAAGGUCGACCAAAAGGGGGUGAUGAUGCUGUGUUGCACAUUUUGCAACAAAGUUUUCCAGGGGACUCUAUUCCAGGCAAUGAGGCACUUCGUCCAGACCAAUUACUGCAAGGACGUCAGCGACGAGGUCUUGUACCAGAUCGGGAAACGGACUCAACAAAAGUUCAUGUCCGACCAGAUGGAGAGGGUUUCCCGUUACGCAGCGGAGCGGGGACUUGAUGUGCCCUGGGCCGAUGGUGCGACGGGAGGACAGGCGGUGCAGCGUCCACGUGAGCGGAGAGGAACUGGGCAGUCCACGAGGGCAUCCACACGAAGACGUGCUUGCAUUUUCCAUUCGUACCCCAGGGACGAUGACUCAAAUGAGGAGCGUGCACCCGAUGGAGUAGAUGACCCUGCGCUCCCCAUCCCUCGUGAGAUUGACGAGACGCACGAGGAGGCCGAUCACGCCAAGGUGAGGACGUACGCAACGCGACGGAGUGCCUGCCGGGCAAAGAGGGAGAUGAUGGGGGGGGACGAGGAUUUUUGGGGCCCUUUCGGGGAGGUGGCUUUCACGGGUGAUGUGCGUGAUGACAGAGGCGGGGCCUCUCAUGCCGACACGAGCUACACAGAGGCGAGGAGGCUGACUCCUACUCCUUCGAGGCGAGAGUCGCCCAUUCCAUCACCUCCUGCGCCCAAUCCUGCACCACCCACCCCCGUCUCGCCUGUUCAGCCGGCCAGUACACAGCCGGAGACGGAGGAGUUGGCAUCCUCCUUGCCUCCGCACGGACUGCUCCAGAGAUUGACGGUGGUCCGACAGCUCAGGUUACGAUCACCUUCCCCAGGGGUCUUGCAGGAGGAGGGGGAGGUGGCAGCAGCGGAGCAGGAGGCACCAGCAGUCGGGACAACGGAGGAGGAGGUGUCAGUACAGGCGACGGCUGAGGAGGAGGUAGCGGCAGCGCAGUGGAGAUGGAGGAGUAGGUAGUUGGGGAGGGGGACAUAGCAGCAGCAGUGGAGAGGGAAGAGGAGGUACCGGCAGCGACGACAUUGGCAUCCAUUCCUAUGGAUCAUGAUGGUGCGGAUGCUAAGGACCACCUCGUGCAGCGCUGCAUCGCGGAGGAGGUCAAUCCAAUCGUGGGGGUUUGACCCCGGGUGUGGCGAUGGAGCUGGGGAUUUCUCCUCCGACAGGGGGGGCGGGGUCAGAGAUGGGGACGCACUUCGACUUCGACAUGUCGAUGGGGCUCCACCUAGUUGUGGCGGGGCGACAUCGACGGAUCGGGCACCGUCACAGCACGACGCAGCAGGCCAGACGGGGACGCAGACCCCGAG